AUGGACGAAGAACAACAGCAAGGUCUGAUCGACAUUGGUUACUUGACAACAGUUGAGACCUCAAUUUCGAGUACGUGUCAGGUUGUUGUCGGUUCACAUCUGCCCCCUCGAAAUAAUGAAAUCCGGAAGACGGAAUUCUGCUGCACAGACGUCCUAGCGCUUCGGAAGCUUGCCAGACCGUGCAGCCUUCCGCUACCUCACUCACCAAUCUUGACCCAUUCCGUACUUCGUAGGAUCGACAGACAUCCACGGCAGGAUCAACUGCGAUCCGAGCUCGUCUCCAGCAUGUCGAUUGAAUCGCUGGCCAAGCGUCAACGCACCGGCGAUGCGUCCACCAGCUCGACAAAGAGGUCGAUACGCAAGGCAAUAUCCACCGAACAGCGCCAAACGAUCCGUCAUGCACAGUGCCUCGAGAACGGCAUCAGCGCUCUCGAUCGUAUCGAGACGCUGAGGUCAGGCAAAGCCGAUCGACGUCAGAUCGCAUGGUCGUCUCAGAACAUUCUAGCUACCGCCUCCAACACACGACGGUCUUCUACAUCAUCCAAAAUACGGAGCGGACAUGUGGUGGUGCAGUAUCCGCUCGCAUCGUCUUCCAAAUCGCCUGUCAAGCCCAGCUGCCUGUAUCCAGACUCUGCUCACUUUACAUUCAGCUCAUCGACUGGGCAUUCGCAGCAGGCCGGCGCAGCAAUAGCAGCAUCUCUUACACGAACCCGGCCUGUGCGAUAUAACGACCCCACACAGAUCUCUUUCAGUCCUUGCGGCUUCUACCUCUGCGCCUACUUCACACCACACCACAGCUCCUCAAAGGCUCAUCAUCAGCCAAAUGCUUCGCAGGUCACAUCGGGUCAGGCCGCCACCAGCUCGAACGACCUGGCCGUCCCGCCACUUGCGACCAGCGCAGAGACAGCAGCCCAGAUCAGUGGCAACGUGUCUGCAUCAGAUCCAACAAUAGCUGCGUCCCAAGAUGCAUCCACCAGUAUCUUAAACAUCACACCGGCAGACCGGCCACCAGCCGUGUUCUGCGUCUGGUCGCGUGCUGACACGGCCGCGCUCAAUGACUGGAAGCUGGUUCAGACCGUUCCAUGCGACUCCACAUCCAGCACGGGCAAAAGGGCCACUUCGUCCAAGUCGGACAAUGUUCUCAAGGUAGAUGAUAAAGGCCGACCUGUUCCUACUGAUACACGUCAAACGCCACCAUCCGAUGGCGGCUCUGUAAGCGGCGCUAGCAGACUCUUUGGCUGCGUCAAGCAAGCGGUCUGGCUCAAUCGUCGACGACCUAUUGUGCUCAGCCCCGCAUCUUCCCCAUCAAGUUACUACGGCGCCAGCUCCUUCACCAGGCUCGCUGCACGCGGCCCGAACUGCGUUGCUUCUGCUUCUGCGUCCACCGACAACUCGGGACCCGACCAAGAUGUAGCGCUCGUCCUCUUUGGCAAUCACGGUCAAGUCACACUCAUGUGCUCUCGCAAGACAGACCGAGUAGCCGCAGCCAACUCAAGUCAAAAUAGCGAAGACGCUGCCUCUCCCCUUCAUGCUCAAUCAGCUUUUUUCACCACCACGCUCCAUUCUUUGCUCUACACACCUAGUGUUCAGCCGUCGCCCAUCACACUUGACUCCGCUCCCGACCUUGGCGGUGACCCCGCCGAAGACGCCACCUCUUACACGUCUCCAUUUUCCGCAAAUCCAUCCGAGGAGGGGCGUCCGUUUGACGAUGAGCAAGAAUACAUCGAGGACGGAAGCCUCACUCAUCUCGCUAUUGGCAUGCCUGCAAACGACUCUGCCCUUCUUGUCGCAUCUCGACGGAACACGAGCAGCCCUGCACUCAUCGAUCUUACAGAGAUCACUAUUGACCUACGUGCAGAAACUGUAACGAUGAUCACGCGUCCUUUGCAAUCAGCCUCUCUGUCGCUGUCCGAUUACGCCCAAGUCAGCGAGUCAGCUGACAACGGUCCAUCCGAUGGAUCUAAGGCACCCGACCUCAGCAGCGACAUCACCACCCUCGCUUGGGCCGAAGUCGGCAGCACGGGCUCAAGCAGAGACAACGAUGCCAGCAAGUCAGCUGGUCUGCGGCUCGUCGCAUGCUCUGCUUACGUGGAAGCAUUCGAUACCACCGCAGACUCGGCAGCACUCGGCGACACGAGCUCAAACCUUCGUACCAAUGUGGCGACUUGGGAUCUGACCAAAGUUGAAAACGAGCUCAGCGAUGCUUUCGCCUCGCUCGAAUGCAGGAAAACGGGUCAUGCCCCAAAAUGGCUCGAUUGGCAGCUUCGCUUUGCUCAGUCCAAGACUUUGAGUAACCAACUGAUCACCUCUUUGGUUGCCGAUGCUCCCAGCUUGGUCACGGCUGACCUUGCGCUCUUCACGGUCUUAAUGCCUACAAGAGGUGAAUCAGGGCUGCUGUCCGAGCAUGUCGGCUUCGUCGACCUCAACAGCAUCGAUUUUGGUGAACGGCCUCCAUCUUCGGUGCCUGUCCAAGCGCUUUCGCGGUCUUCCGAUCCUGUCGUGUCCAGUAAUGGGGCACUCUUCGCGAUGCUUUCCAGUACGUACGAGGGAGCAUCGAAUAAGAGCAUCGUGCUCAGCAAGCUGCCGUCGUACUUUUCUGCAUCGAGUUUGCGGAAUGCGAACGGGGCCGCAGAGCAGGUCGAAGAGGACAAGAAGGUGAACGAACUUCGUAUGUCGCAGUUCCUCGCCUUGGCGUGCCUGCGCAAGACGGAUCCAAGCGACAUCAGCAGAGCCUUCGCCGCGGACGCUGCGAGAGAGUCAGCGGCAAAGCUGUUGGUUGAAGUCGGAGACCUUCUCAAGAUCACCGAGUCCAAGAGGCAAGAUGUGUUGGUCAAGAUCGAAGGAGCAACUCAAAAGGGUCCGAGCCAUGAUUCCAAUUCGAUUCCGUUCCAUCAAGCGCUUCGUCUGCUCAAGAUUCGCACAGCCAUGGAAGCCGGCCAGGAUUCAUCGAAAUCUGGAGCGCGCCUCGAGCAACUCAUCCUCGAACUUGGUCUUUGCUUCCAAGUCUUGCGCCUUGCUCGUGUCAAGACCGAAGUCACUGCGACCCCAACACAGCCAGCAGCAGAAAGCGGCAAGAAGAAAGGCGGCGCCGCUGCUGCAAAAGCCACUGCGCCCGUGGUCGCAAACGAGGCGCGCGAGCGUGUGUACUACCAACUCGAAAGCGUUUGGCCUCUCUUGGCACAGCUGCAGUGGUUCUUGACGCUUUUGGACGACGUCAGCAAGCUCGCCUUGGCGACCUCGGCGGUCUCGGGCGGCGACGCAGGUGCCGGAACUGCCGACAACACCUCAAAGCCGGUCGCUCAGGACAGCUUCGAGUCCGACUUCGUACGCAUGCUCAACAAGCCUACGCCGCGUCGACUUGUGCUCCAAAUUCUGGCGCACUUCUGCGACUUCCAGGAGUGGGUCGCUAGCACCACCAACAAGGACAACCUGCCGCCUGCGACAGGAAUCUCUUUGGGAGACGAGGCGAAUCUGUCCUCUUCGACAGGGCUGGCAUCGGAUGGACGCUUGCUAGCAGUCAGCGAGCAGAUGGCGCUGGCUCGUGAUGCGCUCCAGCGUGUCGUCGGCGAUGCAUCCAUCGACCUGGCCGACUUUGCGCAGCUUCUCGUCAAGAUUGAAGCGGACUCGAGCAUCGGUGGCACAGGCGGCACCGCGUCAGGUCCGAACCAGAGCCGGGAAUCGGAUCGUUUCUGGUGGGCUACGCUCGACGGCAGCAAGCUGGACCCAGCAGGAGGCGCCAGCACGGGCAAGAUGGAACAGGAUCCGGCCGCAGGUCUUCAAGCAAAGCUGCUCAGCUCGAUCGUCGAUCCGCAGUCGGGAGCGCUCGUGGACGUGCUGACGCUGUUCGUAUCGCCGUCGGACGUGCUGGACGAACGAAGCGUGUUGUACGAGAAGGGUGCGCUGGACGAUCGAGCCAGUGACGAGCGGGCGCAUGUGAAAGAGUCGGCGUUGGUGAAAGCGCUCUCUGCCAUGUCCGCCAAGCGAAGCGAUGUCGAGCAGCGUCGCGACAUCGUACGCAAAGUAUCUCUUUCCCACGCCGUGACGCACAACAGCAUCCUCAACGACGCUUCUACCCUUCUGCGAAGUCACCCGACCACGGUCAUUCCUGCGUCGGCGGCUUCGCGCUUGCCGCCCGGUGUCGUCGCAGGCAACGAUGUCAACUCCGACACCACCUUCGUCCGCGUCUCUGUCAUGCGAGCCAAACGUUGCCUCCGAUGCCAUGCGCUCUCACAAGAUCCCAUCACCGCGACGUACGCCUUGCUCCCACCACCAGCCUCUGCUAUCAACCCAGCAGCCAUGAUGGUCGAUCCCAACCUACCACCGCAAGUCCAGAUGCAGUUGCAGAUGCAGAUGAUGCAGAUGCAAAUGCAACUCCAGCAGCAACAGCAGCAAGGAGGAGCAGCAGUACAGCCGGGUGCGGUCAUGCCAACAAUGUCGACGCUGUUACCGUUGAUGCAGCCACAGCCAAAGUUGCUCAGCAUCGAAGUCGGUCAGCAGGGUUCGUCGUUGGACAGGUUCAGGUUCAAUUGUCUUUGUGGGGGAUCUUGGUGGGUGUUGUAA